UAUUUCCUCUACCUUAAUAUUUACAUUAACAAAUUAAAACCAUCCUUUUUAUAACCCUCACCAUCUUCUUCUCUCCUCUCACUAUCUUCUUCUUCUUAUUCCGCCAUGGCUAUGUCUGGCUUCGCCACUGGUUCUCAUCCUCUGCAGGACUAUGACGAGAAGAAGCGGCAGUCUAUAUCUUCGAAGGUUUGCAGAGUUUGCGGAGAUGAGAUUGGAGUGAAGGAAGAUGGACAGAUAUUUGUGGCUUGUGGUGUUUGUGGGUUUCCAGUUUGCAGGCCUUGUUAUGAGUAUGAGAGAAGUGAAGGCAAUCAGUGCUGUCCUCAGUGUAACACUCGCUAUAAGCGUCACAGAGGUUGUCCAAGAGUUGCAGGAGAUGAAGAUGAUGAUAUUGAAGAGGACUUUGAUGAUGAUCAGAUUAAGCAUCAGCAUCACGAUGAUCCCAAUCACAAAAAUGUCUUUGCUUCUUCGGAAUAUGGGGACUAUGUUCAAAGACCAUUACAUACGGGAGGUGCAUUCUCUUCUGCAGGAAGUGUGGCCGGAGGUAAGGAAAUUGAGGCUGAGAGGGAGAUGUACAGUAAUGCAGAAUGGAAAGAAAGAGUAGAAAAGUGGAAAGUCCGGCAAGAAAAGAGAGGUUUAGUGAGCAAAGACGACGGAGGAAAUGAUCAGGGAGAAGAAGAUGAAUACCUUAUGGCUGAAGCAAGACAACCUCUGUGGCGAAAAAUUCCCAUUGCCUCGAGCAAAAUCAGCCCAUAUCGCAUUGUCAUUGUCAUACGACUUGUCGUUCUGUGCUUCUUUCUUCGUUUCCGUGUCUUAACUCCAGCUUAUGAUGCGUACCCAUUAUGGCUCGUCUCUGUAAUUUGCGAGAUAUGGUUUGCACUUUCUUGGAUACUUGACCAGUUCCCCAAAUGGUUCCCAAUUGAACGUGAAACUUAUCUUGAUCGUCUGUCUUUGAGAUUUGAGAGAGAAGGAGAGCCCAACAAAUUAGCUCCGGUUGAUUUUUUCGUCAGUACUGUGGAUCCUCUCAAGGAACCUCCGAUCAUUACAGCAAAUACUGUGCUUUCAAUCUUGUCUGUUGAUUACCCAGUUGAUAAGGUCAGCUGUUAUGUGUCGGACGAUGGUGCUUCGAUGCUUCUUUUCGAUUCACUAGCAGAAACUGCUGAGUUUGCUAGGAGAUGGGUGCCCUUCUGCAAGAAGCAUAACAUUGAGCCAAGGGCUCCUGAGUUCUACUUUUCUCAGAAGAUUGAUUACUUUAAAGAUAAGGUGCAUCCCAGCUUUGUGAAGGAGCGCAGGGCCAUGAAAAGAGAAUAUGAAGAAUUCAAGGUGAAGAUUAAUGCUUUGGUGGCAAAGGCUCAGAAAAAACCAGAAGAAGGAUGGGUUAUGCAGGAUGGGACCCCAUGGCCUGGAAACAACACAAGAGAUCAUCCUGGAAUGAUUCAGGUAUACCUUGGAAGUGAGGGUGCUCUUGAUGUGGAAGGUAAAGAGCUUCCUCGGCUUGUUUAUGUUUCUCGUGAGAAGCGGCCUGGUUAUAACCACCACAAGAAAGCAGGCGCCAUGAAUGCAUUGAUCCGAGUCUCUGCAGUACUCACCAAUGCACCUUUCAUGUUGAACUUGGAUUGUGAUCAUUACCUUAACAACAGCAAAGCUGCAAGGGAAGCCAUGUGCUUUUUAAUGGAUCCCCAGCUAGGGAAGAAGGUCUGCUAUGUCCAGUUUCCUCAGAGGUUCGAUGGUAUUGAUCGUCACGAUAGAUAUGCUAAUCGAAACACUGUGUUCUUCGACAUUAAUAUGAAAGGUCUAGAUGGAGUCCAAGGGCCAGUUUAUGUUGGUACAGGAUGUGUCUUCAACAGGCAGGCCUUGUAUGGCUAUGAUCCACCAGCGUCUGAGAAGAGGCCUAAAAUGACAUGUGAUUGCUGGCCUUCAUGGUGCUGCUGCUGCUGUGGAGGUUCAAGAAAGAAGUCAAAAUCCAAGAAGAAAGGACAAAGAAGUCUGCUUGGUGGACUACUUUCCAGGAAAAAGAAAAUGAUGGGAAAGAGCUACACGAGGAAAGGGUCUGGAUCAGUUUUUGAACUUGAAGAGAUUGAAGAAGGGCUUGAAGGUUAUGAAGAGUUAGAGAAAUCAUCACUAAUGUCACAAAAAAAUUUUGAGAAACGAUUCGGUCAAUCUCCAGUAUUCAUUGCCUCCACUCUCAUGGAAGAAGGUGGCCUCCCUGAAGGAACUAAUCCUUCAACACUCAUCAAGGAAGCUAUCCAUGUCAUUAGUUGUGACUAUGAGGAGAAAACUGAAUGGGGCAAAGAGGUUGGAUGGAUUUAUGGCUCGAUUACAGAGGAUAUCUUGACAGGAUUCAAGAUGCAUUGCAGAGGAUGGAAGUCAAUAUACUGUAGUCCUGAGAGAGCAGCAUUUAAAGGAUCAGCACCCAUUAAUCUAUCAGAUCGGUUGCAUCAGGUUCUGCGAUGGGCACUUGGCUCGGUCGAAAUUUUCCUGAGUCGCCAUUGUCCACUUUGGUAUGGCUAUGGAGGAAAGCUGAAAUGGCUAGAGAGACUUGCCUACAUUAACACCAUUGUUUAUCCUUUCACUUCCAUUCCUUUACUUGCAUACUGUACUGUUCCUGCCAUAUGCCUUCUGACCGGAAAAUUCAUCAUUCCAACACUGACCAACUUAGCUAGUGUAUGGUUCUUGGCACUUUUCCUCUCCAUCAUAGCAACAAGUGUCCUCGAGCUUCGAUGGAGUGGCGUAAGCAUCGAAGACUUGUGGCGUAACGAGCAGUUCUGGGUGAUCGGUGGCGUAUCAGCACAUCUUUUUGCAGUGUUCCAAGGCCUUCUCAAGGUUCUUGCUGGAGUUGACACAAACUUCACAGUCACAGCAAAAGCAGCAGAUGAUACAGAAUUUGGAGAACUCUACCUCUUCAAAUGGACAACUCUUCUCAUUCCACCAACAACUCUAAUAAUCAUAAACAUGGUAGGAGUUGUGGCUGGAGUUUCUGAUGCAAUCAACAAUGGAUAUGGCUCAUGGGGUCCCUUAUUCGGAAAGCUAUUUUUCGCCUUCUGGGUUAUUGCUCAUCUCUAUCCUUUCCUCAAAGGUCUAAUGGGAAGACAGAACAGGACUCCUACAAUUGUUGUCCUGUGGUCUAUCCUUCUGGCAUCAAUUUUCUCAUUGGUUUGGGUCAGAAUUGAUCCUUUCUUGCCUAAACAAACAGGCCCUGUUCUUAAACAAUGUGGGGUGGAGUGCUAGUGAUCCUUCCAUGCUAUUGUUUUUGGAUUUCAUUUGUUUCUACAGAAGAAUUUUUUAAGGUUUUGAAGAAAGUGAUGAGUACUCAGUACUAGAGAUUUUGUUGUUAAUAUGAAUGAGGAAGUCACUAGCUUAUGCAAACUUUUUAAGAGUACAUUAUAAGAAAUACAUGGAGAUAUGCCCUUGGUCAA